AUGAGGCAGACUCAUAGCAAUUGCUCCAGAAACAAUAGGUCCUGGGUCUGGUCAGAUCAGUCUUGUGUCUCAUACUUCAACUGGGAUCAUGGAGAGCCAAACAACGCUGGGACUGAUAACUGUGUACAAAUCCAGAAAGACAGUAAUAAAUGGAAUGAUGCAGGCUGCAACUGGACUGACAAAUUUGUCUGCUAUAAAAAGCGAACUCCACUGAUCGUGAUUGAACAGGAGAAGACGUGGCGAGACGCCCUGAGGUUCUGCAGACAGAAUCAUGGCGACCUGGUUUCUGUUCAGUCACAGGAAAUGCAGAACAGGGUGGAAUUAGUCACUCAAAAUGUCUCCACUAAUGCAUCACUCAUAUGGGUUGGUCUGCGUCACACCUGCGCUCUGGGCUUCUGGUACUGGGUGACAGGAGAGACCAUCUGCUACCAAAACUGGGCUCCAGGUAACGGGACCGGAGUGGAAGACUGUGGUGAUGUGGAGAGAACCGGAGCGAUGCUGUCUGACAGUAAGGAGUGGAUUAGCCUGCCAGAGACUCAAACACUCCCCUUCAUCUGUGUCACCACCUAG